AUGGCCGACACUGGUGAUUUUUUGCCUCCCAUUUGUGAGUCUCUUGUCACAGUGGAGUACAUUGAUGCGGUUUGGUCUUCUGGCCCUUCUGUCGUCCCCUCUGAUCCUUAUGACCGUGCCGUUGCUCGCUUUUGGGCUGCCUAUCUCGAUGAGAAGAGAACGAUUUCUUUGGAGGAGAUCAAAUUGGGUACCUUCAUGACAUUGCAUUUGGUUCCUUCUGAGGUGGUUGAGAACCACGGAGAAGCUGAAUGGAAUGAAACCGCUUGA